CCCCGCCUUUCAGAGAAAUUGGUUGGCCACUUUGCCCAAGCCAUCCCAGCUUAACCCCUGGAAUCGUCAUCACGUUCCUGGGGGUGGAGAGCUGGCCGGAAAAAUAUCCAGGUCUUCAUCCUAAACUUUGCAUUCCACCACUGCAUCAGUCCCGAAGCUACUGCUCUCCAAAUUUAUCUUGAGCUUGAUAAAUAAAGACAUGAUGCUUUCCUCCCAAACCUCAUCGCUGCAGUCAAUCAUUGCCAAUUUCAUCAAUUGACGUCCCCUCGCACUUGCCAAGAUGCGCUUCCAAUUGACGAGUCUUCUUGCUUUGGCCACAGUAUCAAUUGCUUCUCCAACAUGGCAAGCUUUUGAAGACUGGGCCAAAGGAGCUGGCGGAAAGUCUGCUCCAGAUCAUACAUCACCAAGACCGUCGAUUUCGUGCCAUCCCAAAUCACCUCAUGUCCCCCCACCAUCUCCGCCUCCGCGAAAUAAGGUCUGCUAUGUGCAGAGUCACAACGACGGCGUCACUGACGACUCCACUUACAUUUUGAGUGCUCUCCAUUCUUGCAACAAUGGUGGCCAUGUGGUUUUCAGGGAAGGAAUUAAAUACACGAUUGGCACUGCGCUAGAUUUGACGUUCUUAGAGCACAUCGAUAUUGACAUCCAAUCAUACAUUCAAUUCACAAACGAUACAACAUACUGGCAAGCAAAUUCGUUCAGAUUCAUCUUUCAGAAUGUGACCUCAUUCUUCAAACUGGGUGGCAACGAUGUGAAUAUCUAUGGAGGAGGAACCAUUGAUGGAAACGGCCAGGUCUGGUACGAUCUAUAUGCUUCAAACAUUUACACGCUUCGACCAGUUCUAAUUGGAAUUGAUGGGCUUCACAACUCGAUCCUCAGCAAUUUGGUUCUGCGAUACUCGCCAGAAUACUACCACUUUGUCGCCAACGCUUCGAACGUGGUCUUCGACAACAUCAAUAUCGCUGGUGCAAGCAAGAGUGUAAAUGUCGCAAAGAACACAGAUGGCUGGGAUACGUAUAGAAGCACAGACAUUACAAUCCAGAACUCUGUGAUCAACAAUGGUGAUGAUUGCGUAUCCUUCAAACCGAACAGCACAAACAUGCUAGUACAAAACCUCUGGUGCAACGGAAGCCACGGAAUAUCUGUAGGCUCACUUGGCCAGUACGUUGGCGAGUAUGACAUUGUUGAAAACAUUUAUGUUUUCAACGCCUCAAUGCACAACACCACAGACGGUGCUCGAAUCAAAGUUUGGCCCAACACUCCGUCAGCAUUGAGCGGUGACCUCCAAGGAGGCGGCGGAAGCGGAAAAGUCAACAAUAUCACCUACGAUACCAUGCUCAUCGACAAGGUGGACUAUGCCAUCGAAGUAGACCAAUGCUAUGGACAGUCAAACUUGACUUUGUGCUUGGAAUACCCGUCGCCACUGACGAUUACUGAUAUUGUUUUCAAGAACUUCAAUGGGAAGACAACAUCUAAGUAUCAGCCAGAGAUCGGAACUUUCGCGUGCUCGAGCUCGGCCGUGUGUAACAACAUUGUCGCAUCGAACAUCAAUGUUGUCAGUCCGAACGGAACGGACUUGGCGUACUGCUUGAAUGUGAACGAGACGGCACUGGAUGUGACGUGCUCGACUCUGUACAAGGGCUUCAACUGAUAUAGAGAAGUUAGCUUAAUCCAUAAUGAUCAUG